AUCUACCAUAACACUUCCUGCGCGGAUGAUCCAACUUGUCAGAAUCCGAAGCCGCACAUGGUUUCUGUGUUGAAGUCACGUUGAAGUUGAUUGCGCAAAACUCAAAACUGGAAACAAAAACGAAUAUUUGACAGUUUGGUGUUGUAGGUGUGUGUGUGGUGGUGUGCGAAUUUAAAUAUACAUAUAGUGAGAGCGUUUUUGACAUGAACUGUAUGGUAAACUGAAGAAAAAAACAGUUUUGGAUAUUCUUAAUGAGGUUGAAAAUGAAUCAGGAACCCUUAGGGGUGGCUCCCGAUAUUGUACUGCCACAAUCUCUCACAAGGUGGGACGCGACUUUACCUUCCCAAUACCUCACAGAUUACAGCACCGUUUGUGAAACUAAACAUGCUCCUUAUACUUUCCCAUGCGAUCAUGGUAUCAAUCACAGGAUCAUAUUAUGGACUGGUGAUAUAUCUUCUUUACAAGUAGACGCCAUAGUCAAUUCAACUAAUGAAUCUAUGACGGAUAGCAAUCCGGUUAGUGAUAGAAUAUAUCAAAUGGCCGGUUCAGGAUUGAAAGAAGAACUCACUUUAGACAUUAGAGAAUGUCGAACAGGAGAAGUAAAAGUAUCUCAAGGACAUGCACUGCCAGCACGAUUUAUUAUUCACACCGUAGGCCCCAAAUACAAUAUUAAAUACAAAUCCGCUUCGGAAAACACCUUACAUACUUGCUACAGGAACGUUCUGCAGAAGGCCACAGAAAUGGGUCUACAUUCAGUAGCAAUUACCGUGAUUAAUUCUGUUAAAAGAAACUAUCCACCAGACGAAGGAGCUCAUAUAGCACUGCGUACCGUGCGUCGUUUUUUCGAAAAUCACGGCAGUUCGUUAGACACUGUGAUAUUUGUUGUCGAUAAAGUAGAUUUAGGUAUUUACGAAGUUCUUUUACCGUUAUAUUUUCCACGAUCCAAAAUGGAGGAAGAAUCGGCCAGAUAUCAAUUGCCUUCCGAUAUAGGAGGACCUGACGGGGAACCAAUCAUGCCUGAUAGACAGAUACGAAUAAUUGACAAUCCACAGCAUAGUUUGCACCAUGAAGAAGAAUCAGUUGACCUUUCUUCGCAAUUGGAAACUUCUAUAAACGUCGGAGAUCAUGUUUUUAGUCAAAUGCAAGGUGAUUUGGAUCAGCAGAGGUUAUUAGGAGAGCGACCAUACGAUGACCCUUUAGCAGACAUUAUGGUUAAAGAGAUACAACAUCAAGAAAGAUAUGAACGACUUUUGAGACGUGCCAAAACAGAAGACUUGACAGAAGUAUCUGGAAUUGGAUGUCUUUAUCAAAGCGGUGUGGACAGACUCGGCAGACCCGUUGUUGUUUUUAUAGGAAAAUGGUUUCCCUUCAAUCAAAUCAAUUUAGAUAAGGCAUUGUUGUAUCUAAUAACUCUUCUUGACCCUAUAGUCAAAGGAGAUUACGUUAUAGCGUAUUUCCAUACGUUAACAUCAAGUAAUAACUAUCCAUCGUUCACGUGGUUGAAAGAAGUUUAUAACAUUUUACCAUAUAAGUACAAGAAGAACCUCAAAGCCUUCUAUAUAAUUCAUCCAACGUUUUGGACAAAGAUGAUGACCUGGUGGUUCACAACAUUCAUGGCACCGGCAAUAAAACAAAAAGUAAACAGUUUACCAGGAGUGGAGUACCUAUAUGCUGUUAUGUCCCCAGAUCAAUUAGAAAUUCCAGCAUUUAUUACAGAACAUGACAUGACUAUCAAUGGUAUAAGAUACUUUCAACCCGUGACGACAUAACUGUGGGUCUAAUGAGAGUGAAAAGAAAAUUUCAAAUCUAGUAUUAACCAGUUCCCCCAGGUGAUAAGUCGCAAUAUAUUUUUCAACUAGUGCUAAAUAAGUUGUGUGUGCCAACUAAGAAAAAUAUUUUAGAACAUUACGUGUUGAGCGCUGCAAAUAUAAUAUAGGAAAAGGCAAAACUCUAUAUUUUUCCAUUAAUUUUGUCCAUUAUUAAGCUGUAUAAUUGGUACAAAUGAUGGAGAUCUAAAGGGCUAAGCGUUAUAUUCCAGGAGUUUUAAAUCAGCUUUGUUGAAGAUUAAAAAUAGCAGUAGUGGAUUAAUUUUUUUUUGAAAAAUACAAUACAAAAAAUUAUCCACCUACAAAUUAAUUUUAGAUAUCUUGAUUUUAAAUUUAAAACUACGAUUUGAUACUUUACAUUUUUGAAUAAUUGACUAACAGAUUAGUUUUAUUGACUGAGUUUUUAAUUAUACAUUUGAUGUUUGAUUAUUGAUUAUCAAUCUUGUUCUAUCGACCAAAAUGUCAAAAAAUAUACAUUUUUAUAAAAAAUUACAUUAAAUAAUUUUGGUUUACUAAUUCUGAUUUCCAAUAGUAGAAACAAAUUGAAAAUCUACUCAAAAAUCAUUGGUAUUCUUUCUCUUUGAAAAAUAAACUUUCCUACCACCACUCUUAUUGCUUGUUCUCACUAUGACUAUGAUUCCAUUUUUUUAGAAGUAUAUCCUUACCAAUGCUCCACUCUCAACGUUUCCAUUUCUAUUUCCUCUAUAAAAUUUCCAAUUCGUUUUUCUUUCCUUUGUCAUUUUUUUUUAAUUCUUUAAUAUUACUUAUUAUUGCGAUUUUUUUUGCAAAAUAUGAAAACUUUUUCGCUCUGACUUUACAAAAUUGGAUUCAAAUUAACACAUUAAUGCCCAGAAUUAUAAACAAUUCCUGAGAUGUUUCAAAAAUUAAAAUAGUGUUUUUUGUUAAAGCUGAACUAAAAUAUACCAUAAAAAAUAAACCAUUUUUUGCCUCUCAUAUAUUGUUAUCCAUUUGGUCUACACCUUCCAUGUACGUGUUGUACAUUUUGAUUGCAUAAGGAUGCUGCACAUAUACUUCCAUUUUGUCUUUCACUAAAAAUCUUCGGCAGUUUGUAUGGAUUCUACACCAUACUCAUCAAGUCGUUAAAAUCUUCUUUAGUUAUAAGAUAGUGUUUUGAUGGUUUCAGUGUAGGUAAAAAUUCCUUGUUAGAAUUACUUCUGUUAGAACGGUUCUCGCCAUAUUCUUGGUAUUGCAAAUUUUUCUCACUUUUUAUCACCUCGAUACCAACCUUAAAUAGGGAAAUUAAAAUUAAUACGUCUAUAAGAUUUGCUGAUAAAUUAAAAAUUGCUCACCUUUCAAACAUCUUUUACAAUAACUACAAGCAAUGUAUGGAGCCCAUGGCUUGUCUUGAUUCUGAAUAGGACAGUCAAAAUCUUGAUUCUGAAUAGGACAGUCAAAAUAUGCUUCGUCGGCUUCUCAGAGAACAUGAGAUGUCUUUGGUUCAUAUUUUAUGUCUUCAACUUUAAUAAAUUGACCAAAUAUAAAACGAAAUGCAUCAGCAUCAUAUUUAUCCUAUCGCGAUGACAUUUUAACAUUUUCUAGACAUGUACAAGACAUCUGAUCGUUGUUUAUCACCCAAGUGCCGUCUGGAGACACCCUACUCUGAUCUCACAGUAUUUUUAAAUGUAUUAUAACUAAUUGAAAUUUAUAAAAAAACUUUUAUUAUUUCUAUAAUUAUCAAAAAGCUAACUUUAUAUCAAAAAAUUGUAUUUUCUUUUCGUUUUUGUGUAUAAUUGACCGAAAAAUCAUAAUAUGAACUUUAGAACAAAGAACGAUAUGUUUUUGUUGAGUCGUGUAAUCGAUAAAGUUUUGAAUUAAUUUAUCCUGUAUUUUUAAUUUGAAAUAAAUUAUCCUGAAUGUUAUAUCUACUUGGUGUGGUUUUAAAUGUUAAUCUUUCUAAGAAAAGUAUUUUAUUUGUUAUUUUAUGAUCGGUUUUUAAAUUUUGCAUUUUACUCAAAUCAAAUUUAAUUGUCUUUGUGUUUUAUAUUGUUUACAAUGUUAAAACAGACUUUUACUCUGAAGCCGCUUUCCACGUGAGAGGUUCCCAAUGUUAUAUUUUAGGUUUCUGAAGAUCUACUAUGUGGUAAUUGUUUUCAUUCUGAUAAAUAGCAGGAAUCACUAAACGGGAUAAGAUAAAGAAAAAAGGCACUAGAAAAUAAACAAAACGGAAAUAUAUAACAGGACAGAUAAAACAAAAAAUGGCUGAAUUGGUAUACACGUAUUGUAUAAAUGGAGAGAGAUUAGAGAAACUGGAGAAAAGGGAAAAUUUUUAACAGAAUCAAGAAAAAUGGUGGAAUGAAAAUGAGAGUAAAUAAAAUAGGUAUAUGAGAGACUGGAAGACCGAAAACCUAAUCGAACACCGGAAAAGGUAGAAAGAAAUCUAUUUUGUAGUGUCUUUUGCCAGAUAUUUUCAACAUAUUAUUUCCAAGUUUGAACAAUUUUUCAAGUCAAUAGAUCUGUUAUGAACUAAGUAAUUUUAAUCAUUUCCGUAUAAUAAAAUUGGUCAGUGCCUUCUUUCUUUUGUCAUCUGGAUUAUAUUUUACCGAUAGUCUUUAAUUUUUGUUUUAAAAACACUAAAUACAGUUUUAUUUCAAUAUUUUUAGAAAAGUAAAAUAUUUUUUGAUAGUUUUGGUCCAAAAACAUUUUUUGAUAAUUUUAUGGUAAUAGUAAUAUAAUCAUAAUUAAUUAGUUAUAUCUUAACCUAUUGCCAGAUUAACUGUAGGUAAGUUGACUACUACUGUAAAAUAAUAAGAAUUUUUAAUAGAAAAACUAAAUCAAUUAAAUAUGAAAAUAUUGCUCAGGUGCUAUUGAGUCUAAUCUAGACUGUACCUCAAUAAUAUUAUCAUGUGGUGCCAUAGUUUCUUGAUUAUCAUGUUGUGGUAUCAUUCAAAUUAGACUCCAUACUAUUUUUACUGUCUUGUAUUUUUCAAAAUUUGAGUGUGUUUUAUUUAUCUCUCUAUAUUUUUAUUUUAUAUUCAUUACAAAUACAGUUUGCUCUUUAUUUAAACAAAUUAUUUAUAGUAAUUUUAAAUUUUGAGGUUAUUGAGACAUAGUUGUCUGAAUUGUUCUUCAAACUUUUUUGUAAUUCGUUUUCUAAAUGUAUAAAUUGUUUUAUGACAUUCUAUUUUCUGACAUUCUUCAGUUUGUCUUCAUGUGUAUUUAUUUUUUCUGUUUUGUCCUUCAGUGUGCCUCUUUUUACUUUGUUCGACCAAAACUCUAUUUUUUUUUUAUUAACGGAUGUAAUAAAAAAGUUUAUAUUUUGUGGUUCAUUAUUACAAACUUGAGAUUUGAUAAAACCCACAAAUGAAAGACUGUAGGUUUGCGUCGGGGCCCGUUUAUGGAAAUCAAUUUGUCAGGGAAACGUUUCCUUUCAAUAACAUAUUGUAGAGGUUUUUACUACAUAAAGGAGUUGUCUUUUUUGUGGACUGUAUCUUUAUUUUUUAUCACUUCAAUCAACAAAUUUUUAUAAAGAAGCUGGAGGAGAUUACACUUUUCCCGCGAACCUCACCUCACAAGAAGUACUGAAACUUUGCGAUGUUGUAACUUUGGCAUGGUUGUUGGAGUGUAUUUAACACAUAUUGUGUAGGAUUGCCGCGUUCUGCUAAAACCAUGUCCUUUAAUUAUAGCCAGGGAAGUCUUACCAUUCUUAUAUUAUAAAAUUCUCUAACACUUCCACAUGCCACUCUUAAUUUGCUGUAACUACACGACCUACUGUAACCUCGAUCCUAAAACUGGCUUUCUAGAGUUACAAUUCUUGCACCAAUUAAACUUUUUAUGGUGGUUAUUUUAAUGAUGCAGAAUAAACUCUCAUGCACCCUUCGUAAUUGAUGAUUCGGUUUCUCACGAACAAACUUAUAUAAACGACUCUCCACGUAUUCUGCAGCUCUUGAUGACCUUGAACGCCCGGAUUUCGGUUUUUAGUGUGAAAUCGGUUUCCUCAAAUUUUUUGACAUACCCUCGAAUGAGAGGAUCCUUGGAGCAUAAUUCAAGUGACAACUGUAAAAUCUUCUGCGCUCUUCAGUCGCCGAAUCACCGUUAGUUGGAAAAUUUUUUGAGAAGCCUUGUAUAUGUAAUUUCACGAUUUGAUUUUCGGUUGAUUAAAAAAAGUUCUUACAGUGCGUACAAAUCAAUUAAUAAUUUUUUAAUUGUGCAAUACGCUAUUAUCACUUUCGGUUUUAUUUUAAAAAUAUCAUUUGGUUGAUUUGUGAUUUUCAUUCUAUUAAAAUUAAGAUAAAUGAAAUACACUGUAUUCGAAGUCUUGAACAGGAUGGUCGAAUUAAAUUUCAUUAGUCUUUUUUACCAUUCUGGUACUUUACAUGCUUUAAUGUGUAUAAUAUCGUUAAGUUUGAAAACCUAUCAUGUCUUAUCGGCAUUGUGAAAAAAAAAUUGUUGAAUAUUUUGUUAUUUAAAAAAUGUAGUGCUAGGAAAUUUGUAUCGGUUGUCCUUAAUUAAUUUGUCGUUCUAGUAUAAGUUAUACAGGAUCAUUACUCAUAAUCAUUGGGAAUAUACAAGACUGUAGCUAAAA